UCUCUGGUUCUAACGCGUUUGAGACUUUGAGUCUACUGUAUGAGGAACUUAAAUAAUAUGGUUUACGUAAUUCAAGUCCUAAUUAGGUAGCAAAGUGAGCAGUAAAAUAAUGCCACAGUAUUUACACCGUGCAUACAGAUGCGUACAAUGCAUGCUUAAGCUGGCGUGCUGUGCACAGACGAGCACUACCGUUUUCCGGCGUAGGGCUUAAAAAAUGCAUCCAUUAAUUGCAGCAAAUUAGCAAUAAUAAUUCGCGCGACUGCACUAUGCAAUCAUAUCUGUAUCUAAUUAUGUUGCCGACCACGCUGGUUUUUUGAGAAUAUUACGUAGAUGGAAUACCGCAAACUUUUACUAUUUACAUUAACAUUAACCUGAUGUAUUGUAAGCAAUGAGCUGGAUCACAUUGAUCAGGUGGGAGCAAUAACACUCCGACCCAUGGUUGACAUUCCUUACCAUUAAACCUGAAGUGGAUUCUGUGUUGCACUGACGCUAUUAAUAAAAUUUUAUAUGGAUUCGUACUGAACAUUUACUGUUCAAAAAUGGAUCCAGGGAGACCAUCGGCGGCAGCCAAACUUUUCCUAAAUGUACUCAUGAAUGACCGCUCCAUGCGAAGAGCAGCCUCCCUGAAUUUAAAGGACUAUGGUCUGACCAAAGGAAAUUCGGGAUCGUUUUCCGGAAAAGAGAACAUAAAGCUUAAGAAAUCCGCGCCCCCAACACAUACACGUCCGUCAUCCGCGGCUUCUCGAUCGCGAGCAUCUAGUUGCAGCAGCGAUGCCUCCACGGCGACACUGCAUGCCACAUUCACCAAUCUCAUGAAAACCAUUUCCGACACCAAACGCAAUCACAUUGCUGUAAGAUUUGAUUCACGCACCUUGACAUUCGGUCAGCUGGCCCGGUUAUCCGACUGUGUCGCCGCAUAUUUACAAAGCAAGGCGAAAACUCUUCCCCACACCGGUCCCGUAAAGAUCGCCUUCCUAGCACCGCGUUCCAUUGAAACCAUCCCAAUAAUUUUCGGCAUGACGAAAAUGGGCGCGGCCGCCAUUCCCGUGGAUCCGCAGUGGACCGUGGACCGAAUCCAGAUCAUCCUGACCGAAACCCGGCCGCAUAUAUUUAUCUGUGAUGAUACUCUUCGACUGCAAUUAGAUAUUAAAAAUUUACCAGUGGAGGUGAUUGAUGCACAGAUGUUUCUUCUGAUUGCUGCCGAUUAUGCAACGUUCUACCGGCGUGCUCCGACCAUCGUCAGUCAGGAUGAAGACAGCACAGCGGUGAUUCUGUACGACGCGGAUACGCUGCAGUCGUACGAAUUUUCCCACAAAUUAAUUCUGCAUCGUCUUGCCGCACACUGGGAUAAACUGUACUUCACCAGUAAUGAAGCCGAGACCGUUUUGGUCAAAUCCCCUUUCACUUCGAUUAAUAUUCUGAUUGAGUUGUUCGGCACAUUAUUGGGUGGUCAGACGGCGCUGUUCCUACCGGUGGAUAUUUGCUCACAACCUGCGGUAUUCAUCCAUGUGCUGGAGACCUUUCCUGUUCGACGGUUGCUACUCACUCCGACGGAAUUAAACCACCUGUUGCUGUACAUUAAAGAACGCAAGCGAGAAUUUUUUGGAUCGUUGAAAUUAGUUAUGAUUCACCAGCAAGAACACGAUGCACUGUCAUGUGAAACAGCCGAAGAGUUUUUUGACGUUUUCUCUCCCAGCAAACUAGGAUAUUCGUAUGCCGUCGGGGAAUUAGCCGGGGAAAUCGCCUGGUGUAUUUUUGACAACAAGGAGGAUCUGAGUUCCCACGUCGAGAAUGACCUGAUCCCCGUGGGAACGCCCAUCAGUCCGGAAUUGGAGCUGCUGGUGUUGGACGAUGACAUGCAGCCAGUAACGAACGGAACCACCGGGAAACUCUUUGUCAACUGCAACUGGUUAAGGAAGCGGAUUGCGGAAGUAUCGGUCGCUGUUAACGGUCUGGGUCAUGACCAUGACGAUUCGGGUGAAUUAUCCGAUAUGGUCCGGACUGGGCGGUCGGCGUUCAUCGAACCGAAAUCUGGUUUUCUUUACAUAAUUCCUGAACCUCCGGUAAAACAAGAAAUCGAGGAGGAAUUAGCGCCCCCGAAUCCGCCCCCGACUCCACCUCCCGUUCACGAAGUGCCCAUGGCCAGUGAAGAAGCGGUUACGGUUUCGGUCCCGUCCGAAUCGGCUACUGUCGCGAUACCGACACCGGUUUUUGUCGCCGUGCAUGCGCCCGACGAAAUGUCCCCGGAGUUAAAAGAUGAAGCUGUUAAUCUUCUGCUUUCGGGGAUACUGUCCAGUUCUGACCUGACAUCCCAUGAAGAAAAUUUGCACCUGCGAUCUCAGUUGGCGGAGUAUGCGCUGACCAUAUUCGAAGGAAUGGAGCCGCGGGAAUUCGUGUUUAUUGUUACCGAUGAUCGCGAUGAAGCCUGUGGUAUUGGAAUGGCUUACGAUCCCUUUGAAAUUUCAGCUGAUUUAAAGGAAUUAAUGCAUCCUAUGAAGGAUCCCAGGAAUCAGCUGCUUCACAGAAUUCUGAAGCCGUUAACAAGAACGCUACCACAGUCAGCCGGUUGCAUUGUUGUUCUGCAUCUGAUGUCCGUUGUUGAUGAUACGCUAUCAGACGAAGAAAAAUUCUCGAUCUAUUCCCAGAUUGACGAAGAACUUGAAAAGCGAGCACGCCGGCUGGGUUACCAGUUUAUUAUGACUACGAAUUUUGACGUAUUAAUGCAGAAAGUUAGUGAAUCACGAGGUUAUCAGCGCUGGGCCAAGCUGCAAUUAAACCGGCUAUGUUUGUCUUCCGGCAUUGUGCCCUUCGACGACAAACCAGAUACAGACACCAUGACUUUGGACGUAUUGCCAUUAAUACGGGUACCGAUGAUUAACAUUCAGGAGACAAUUCCAGAAUAUACCUAUACUAGGGACAGAUCGAGAAGUGUUUCCUUCGGGGCAAUGGGGACGACACGGAUGGAGUACCAUACAGUGGAUUCUUUUGUUGAGGAUGCCGCCAAUUGGCUGGCGACGGAAAUGGAACUGGCAACUGCAGACCAGCCCGAUGGCGUGUGAUGUUUACUGCUGUCAUUACUGUACUUUGUGCUCCAACUUGGGUGCGCGUACAUAUAUAUAAACACAAACAAUUCUGUGAUUCCAUUGUUUUUCAUUAAUUAAAUUAUUCAAGCAAACAAUAAGGAGUAACCGAACCUUGGAUUACGCAGUUGUGAACAAUCUUGCUUUCCUGUUCUCG